AUGCCUAAGCCCUGGAAAGAACCUCAAGACCCAAAACGAAGCUUCAUGCUCCGUACAGAGGGGCUUAUGCGAAAGUGCAAAGACCUAACAAAUCUGGGCGUGCAAGUAGCUCUCUACAUUGAGGACGUCAAAGAAGGCACAGUCCUCCGCUACAGGACAGAUCCCACCCUUCUCCCUUCCUGGCACAACGUUGCUCCUCUCCCAGAGGAGCCCGAUGCAGAAACAGAGCCACCCGCUGUUUUUUUCGGAUCCCUGCGCUUGAAUUGCCCGUCGACAAGCGAGUCCCCUUUACCUUUGAAGCCAACCUGGGCCGACCUUGAAAUCAGCAAGGCCAGUUGUGGCUCCAGCGCCAGUCCUCCUAGCCAGAAGAGGCAACAACACCAAGAAAACCGCCCAACCACAAAAAAGCGUGUUAGAGAUGGUUCACCAGACGAUGCAGAAGAACAGCGACGAAAGAGGGAGAGGAGCUCAUCGACAUGGUUCAAUGACUAG